AUGGAUAAUGUAUUAAUUUCAUCAGGAUCAGAUGCUAGAAUAUACAAAUGUGACUUUAUAGGAAAAGAAGCAGUUAAAAAGGUAAUUUAUAGAAAAUUUUAUAGGCAUAGAAAAAUAGAUGCAAAAAUUAGAAAAUUAAGAGUAUCCAAUGAAAUUAAGUUUACAAAAAGAUUAGCAAGCUUAAAUAUUGAUAUUCCAUUUCUUUAUUUUGUUGAUGUAAAAGAAAAAAGUUUGUAUUUUGAAUACAUAAAAGGAUGUACCAUUAACAAUAUAUUAAAAAACAUAAAAGAAUAUGAACCAAAUAUUGCUAAAUGUAUAGGUAUGAUUUUAGCAAGAAUACAUAACGGAAAUAUAAUACAUGGAGAUUUUACUACCUCUAAUUUAAUUUUAAGGAAUUCUUAUAUUAAUGAAAAUAAAAUUUAUGAUUAUUCAAAUAAUUCAAUUUAUAAACUCAAUGAUCUUGACACAAUAAAAUUAUGUGUUAUAGAUUUUGGUCUAUCUUUUUUAUCAUCAUCUGUAGAGGAUAAGGCUGUUGAUUUAUUUGUUCUUUUAAAAGCUAUUAAAAGUUUUCAUAGUGAAUUUUCAUCAUUGGAAGAAGAUAUACUACGAGGAUAUGAAAUGAAGUCAAAUAACUUCAACGAGAUUAGCAAAAAACUUGAAAUAGUGAAACAAAGAGGAAGAAAAAGACCAAUGGUUGGAUAA